AUGCCCAACAAUCUCCAAUCACUCAUUUACACCAACGAAGGAGGAAGCUCUCCCAAAUUGCAAGUCCUCGAUCAGCUCUUGAUUCCUCAUGAAAAGGUCUAUUUGGAUGUUCCUGAUGUCGAGAAAGCCUGGAGCGUCAUUCGGGAAAUGCAAAUUCGUGGAGCUCCCUUGAUUGCCAUUGUAGCCUUGUUGGGUCUCUCUGUAGAUCUGCAUACCAAUGAAAAGACGAUCAAGGAAUUGGAUGCCAUGGACGAUGGUGCUGUUCUCAAGUACAUUCAAGAUAAGAUGACCUACCUGAAUACCUCGCGUCCGACGGCCGUCAAUCUGGCCAAUGCGCUGGCCGAAACAGAAAAUGCCUUAAAAAAUGCUGCCCAAGAAAACAAGGAAGGAUCCCUUCGCAAGAGUUUGUGCAAGGCUAUCUUGGAAUAUUCCGAAUUCAUGUUGGAGCGCGAUGUUAGUGACAACAAGUCUAUCGGAAGGUUUGGUGCUGAAGCCAUUUUGGCGAAGACCGGCAAGGACAAGGUGGACAUGUUGACAAUUUGCAAUACUGGCGCUUUAGCCUGUGCUGCAUAUGGAACUGCUCUUGGCGUGGUGCGAAGUUUGGAAGCAGGUGGAAACCUUAGUAGUAUUACUGCUUUGGAGACUCGUCCAUACAACCAAGGAUCUCGAUUGACGGCAUUUGAAAUUAUGGAAGAGAAAAUGACAGGUGGACAACUCAUUUGCGAUUCGGCUGCUGGCGCUUUGAUGAAAACCAAGAACGUAGAUGCUGUAGUGGUUGGCGCAGAUCGUGUGUGCGCCAAUGGAGAUACAGCCAACAAAAUUGGUACCUACAAUGUUUCCAUUAUUGCCGCCUUUCACAAAGUCCCCUUUUACGUCGCGGCACCAAUUACCUCGUUGGAUAUUAACUUGACGAGUGGAGAUGCCAUUCCUAUUGAAGAGCGAUCGGCCGAUGAAUUGAUCAAUACUUCCAAGGCUCCUGCUAAUGUUCCCUGCUGGAACCCUGCCUUUGAUGUGACUCCCGCUGCCAACAUUACAGGAAUCGUCACAGAAAAGGGUGUCAUUCUUCCUGAUGCUAAUGGCAAUUUCGAUGUCAGGGGAUUUGUGUAA